CGCUCUCAUCUCAGGGCCAAAUAGAUCACGGGAAGAAGAAGAAGAAGGCGGGAGAACCAUGGAGGAGAUGUACCUUCUAAAACAUCCGGGGGUUAAGAAGAAGAUUCUCGCCGGAGGCACCGGCCCACUGCCGCACUUCCCACCUGGGACCAAGCUGGUUUUCCAUUUUCAGACGCUGUUGGACAACUUUGAGCGCACGGUGGUGGAUGAUAGCCGACUGGCCGGCAGGCCGGCCGAGAUCUUUGUGGGGAAGAUGUUCAAGUUGGAAGUGUGGGAGACGCUGCUCACGUCCAUGCGUGUAGGGGAGGUGGCCGAGUUCUGGUGCGAUGCUGUUCACACAGGUUUGUACCCCAUUGUGUCAAAGGGAAUGCGGCUGAUUGCUCAAGGCAAAGAUCCCCUGGAGGGCCAGAGGCACAUGUGUGGAAUGGGGAACCUCUUCCACUAUCACUCCACUGGAUUCCCGGAGCUGGAUGAGCUUAUGAGAACACCGCAGCCUCUCAUCUUCAUCAUGGAACUGCUCCAGGUGGGGGACCCCAUGUCCUAUCACAGGGAGUCUUGGAUGAUGGAGAAGGAUGAGAAGCUAAGCACGGUGCCCCUCCUCCACGCGCGGGGCAAUGCGCUGGUCAAGCAACGGCAGUACAGGGAAGCGGCCAGCCAGUACAAGGAGGCAGUAUUGCUCCUUAAAACCGUCCAGUCCCGGGAGAUGCCAGGCGAUGUUGAUUACAUCAGCUUAGGCCGCAUGAUUGUCCCUCUGGAACUGAACUACUGCCAGUGCAUGCUGGAACUGCAGGAGUACUACGAGGUUAUCGAGCACGCCGACGAACUGCUAGACAAACACAAAGACUGCGUGAAGGGCUACUACAAGCGAGCAAAAGCGCACGCCGCCGUGUGGAACGAAAAAGAGGCGCGCCGGGAUUUCAACAUGGUGGUCCACCUGGACACCACGCUGGCGUCGUUGGUCCAGCGAGAGCUCAGGGCCUUGUCAGAGCGGAUAAAGGAGAAGUACUGGCAGGAAAAGGACGCCUACUGGAACAAGCUUGAUGCCAAGGGUGAAAAAGAGGAGAAGGUACUCGAGGAAGAAAAGGAGAAGGAAGUUGGCGAGGACGAAGGUGAUAAGACGGAGGGGAAGGACUGGCAGCAGAUGUUACGUCUAGUGAUGCUGCUUCAGGAGCAAGGAAACAUCCUGGUGAAAGAAAACAGGUUCCAGGAAGCUUCCAGCAAGUUCAAGGAGGCUUUAGAUUACGUGGACUUCCUUAAAAAUAAGGUGCACCAAGGCGAUGAAGACUGGGAAUCUUUGGAGAAGGUGCGCCUGCCACUCACGCUCAACCUGAGCCAGUGUUUGUUGGAGCUCCAACACUAUCAGCAAGUGGUACAGCUCAACGACAAGCUGCUGGAAAGCCAUGAAGGUCACUUCAAGGCGCUCUACCAGCGUGCCCGAGCGCACGCUGCCUUGUGCAACGAGGAAGAAGCUCGUCAGGACUGGGCCGCCGUGGAGAAGCUGGACCCUCAGUUUAAAUCCUUGGUCCGCCAGGAGCUAAAGAAGCUGGGCGAGAACCUCCGAAGCAGGCACGCACAUCAGAACAAAACCUACUGGGACGCCACGCGGGAAAAGUGGGGGUCCGGAAAGGAGGUUGCGGAUGAAAUCGACCGAAGCUGUAAAGAUCGAGUGGACGAAGAAGCUGAAUCUGAUAAUGAAAACACAGCGGGUAACGACAAGGUGAGCGUGGAUAAUGACAGUUCCUCCGCCGCAGUGAUAGCGUAGCCAGCGUAAGAUAACAGCGCCAAGAAGGUCAAAUGCCAAUCAGGAGUGGCUGAACAAAGAAGGCCAAGGUGAGAAACGUGUUGGUCAAUCAGAAAAGAACAAUAAAUGGAGCUUGUCUAUCAAGCCGAGGAGAAUGAGAGGAACAAAAAAAUAAACAAGGUGUGUAAUAAACAAGGUGUGUGUUGCUUGCACCGCAAGCUAACCCAAAUCUGCAUACAUGGGGAGAAACUAAUCAGAUGAAUAUUUGGUACAUGUACAUGAAUGUAGUGAAAUAGUAGUCUCAGUACAGCUUUCAAUACCAUUCAUUGAUUCAUUAUUUGAUCUGAAUCAAGCUUCAGUGCAACAUUCAAUUAUGUCACAUUUACAAACUUGAAACUCAAAUUACACUAUACAUCUAAUUCAUCACAUAUACAGGGGUUGUGGUAAUGGAAACGCUUUAAAAAAUUCACAAAAUCUAAUUUAAUACGGUGUAGGUCCGCCUUUUGCGGUAAUAACAUUAAUAAUUAAUAAUAAUAAUUCUCCACGGUAUUGAUUCAUACAACUUGUGAAUUGUUUCCAAAGGAAUUCAGUUAGAAUACCCUCUAACUUUUAUGGAGACGAUGGCGGUGGAAAUCAACGUCCUAAAUGAAUCUCUAAAUCUGACCAUAAGUGCUCAAUAAACUUGAGGUCUGGGGAUUGUGCCGGCCAUAUGAGAUGCUCAACUUCAUUAGAAUGUUCCUCAUGCCAUUCUUUAACAAUUAUGUUUAAUGAUUAUGAUGCGAUUAUGAUGCCAAAAUGUUGGGUGUUUCCAUUAUUUUGUCCAAAACCCCUGUACAUUAUAACAAAUUUACAGUCAUUUUUUUUUUUUUUUAGGUCAGUGUGAAAGUCUCUUUGUAUAGCUGUUGAAAGUAAAAACUUAUAUUUUAUUUAUUUUUAGGUUAUUUUAUUUUAGGUGCUAUGUUACAGCCUGUUUGUUUCCUUAAAGGGAUCCUCGUUCUUAAAGACAUGUAGGCUCUAAUAAACCACAUUUGUUCUCUUGUACUAAAAUAUGUUGGUAGAAACACAUGAAAUGUUAAAUCAAUGGCAAUAUUUUAUAAUAUUUAGUACAUAUUUUGACCAAUAGUUGUUGACAUGUUUUGCGGGCUCGGAGUGAUGACGUAAUUGGGACGUUCCCAAUUGUGUACAACAAUUUUGUACUGCUGCCUAAACUCGCUAGGUAAAAUGCCACGAUGUGCUGCUUUCUGAUGCAAUUUCCAGUCAAAUGAAAACAAGGGGAGGUAUGUGAGUCUCCACAUAUUUCCUAUUGAUAAGAAGAGGAGAAAGGUUUGGGAACAUGCCUGUUGACUGACAAAACUUUCGAAAGACCCAAGGCUUUGUUCUCGGCAUUUUUCUCCUACCGCGUUCGAGGCUUUUAGUCGACGACAACUUAUGAAAGAGCUCACCGGAGCGGACUAAAAUCAAAUGCUGUUCCAACUAUUUUCCAUCACAAGAAGCUUCAACGCGCUCGAAUAGCGAGUGAAAUGUGCGCAAUAAAGAGCCAAAGACAAGAAACUGCUGGCCGCUCCUGUCGCUACAGCAGUAGGCGAUGCUUCGGGCGUACCGCUAGUCACAGAGGAAGCUAAUAAUUCACCUGUACUGUCAGUUCAUAAGGCAGUAAGCGUGUCUGUUCAGUAUUCACCUAAUAUGAGUGAUGCUGCCACUCAAACUGAUCCAGACACGUCCGAUGCAGCGGUACAGUGGCCAGCUGAUGCGCGCCGAGUACUUAAUAUGGACCACUCUUACGUAGCUAAGCCUGAGUUGGAUGUACAAGACAUGAAGGACACUCGAUCCCAGGUUUUGUUCUCGUCAGAUGAAGAAUUUAAGGAGGACAGUCAGCCACGACCCAACUCUGAUCCUGACUAUCACACGUGUGCAUACUUUUAUUACCUUCAGUGAGAGUUUAUAAUGUCAAUAGUCAUGAAAAUAAAAAUGCACGAAUGACAAGGUGUGUUCAAACUUUUGGCCUGUACUGUAUGUAAAGCACACGACAGCUCUAGAUGCGAACAAUAUACAUAAUUAUAUUGGAAUAAGUUUUAUCAC